UUACUUGGUGGAAAAAGAAGAGAUCUGGGAUUUGGAAACUUUACUGAGACAACUCGAAUCCGACGAGCUUUGGAAAUGAAUUAAUGAUAUUAGGAAACAGUGAACGAAAUCUCAGAUUGAAUUCGGCGAAAGUAGAAACAAAAUGCUACGGCUGAGAGCAUUUCGGCCGACCAACGAUAAAAUUGUGAAGAUACAACUCCAUCCUACUCAUCCAUGGCUCGUCACCGCUGAUUCAUCGGAUCGCGUCUCCGUUUGGAAUUGGGAGCACCGACAGGUCAUCUAUGAGCUAAAAGCCGGUGGCGUCGAUGAGCGCCGUUUGGUUGGGGUCAAAUUAGAUAAGCUUGCAGAAGGCGAAUCAGGUUCCAUUACAGAUUCGAAAGGGAAACCUACCGAAGCCAUACGUGGAGGGAGUGUUAAGCAGGUGAAUUUUUACGAUGACGAUGUACGGUUUUGGCAACUUUGGCGGAAUCGCGCGGCAGCUGCGGAGGCUCCAGCGGCUGUGAAUAAUGUUACUUCAGGUUUUACUUCUCCUCCUCCCUCAACUAAAGGGAGGCAUUUUCUUGUCAUCUGUUGUGAAAACAAAGCCAUCUUUCUGGACUUGGUAACAAUGCGUGGCCGUGAUGUACCCAAGCAGGAACUUGACAACAAGUCACUUCUCUGUAUGGAGUUCCUCUCUAGAUCUGCCGCUGGUGAUGUUCCCCUUGUUGCCUUUGGUGGAUCAGAUGGUGUCAUCAGGGUUCUUUCAAUGAUAACAUGGAAGCUUGUACGUAGAUACACUGGAGGGCAUAAGGGAUCAAUAGCUUGUUUGAUGACUUUCAUGGCGUCUUCCGGUGAGGCACUUCUUGUUUCGGGUGCUAGUGAUGGUUUACUUGUACUUUGGAGUGCAGAUCAUGGCCAAGAUUCACGAGAACUUGUGCCCAAGCUAAGUUUAAAGGCACAUGAUGGUGGGGUUGUGGCUGUUGAGCUUUCUAGAGUGAUUGGAGGUGCUCCACAGCUUAUUACAAUUGGUGCGGAUAAGACAUUAGCCAUAUGGGACACAGUCUCUUUUAAGGAACUGCGGCGAAUUAAACCUGUCCCAAGACUUGCUUGUCACAGUGUGGCAUCUUGGUGCCACCCUCGCGCUCCAAACCUUGAUAUUUUAACUUGUGUCAAAGAUUCCCAUAUAUGGGCUAUUGAACACCCCACUUAUUCAGCCCUCACAAGGCCCUUGUGUGAACUUUCCUCGUUAAUACCUCCUCAAGUACUUGCACCAAGCAAGAAACUUAGGGUUUAUUGUAUGGUGGCACAUCCUUUACAGCCACACCUUGUCGCUACUGGAACGAAUAUUGGAGUUAUAGUCAGCGAGUUUGAUCCUAGAUCUCUCCCACCUGUAGCUCCUUUACCAACCCCAUCCGGAAGUCGGGAGCAUUCAGCUGUAUAUGUAGUUGAGAGGGAGUUGAAACUACUCAACUUUCAGUUAUCCAGCACGGCAAAUCCAUCUCUUGGAAAUAAUGGCUCCUUAUCUGAAACGGGACGAUUCAGAGGGGACUCAUCCGAACCAUUACAUGUUAAGCAGAUCAAAAAGCACAUUAGUACUCCUGUUCCACAUGACUCGUAUUCAAUUCUUUCUGUAAGCAGUUCAGGGAAGUAUCUAGCAAUUGUGUGGCCAGAUAUUCCCUACUUCUCCAUCUAUAAAGUUAGCGAUUGGUCUAUUGUCGAUUCUGGCAGUGCAAGGCUUCUGGCUUGGGAUACUUGUCGUGACAGAUUUGCUAUAUUGGAAUCUGCUUUAGCUCCUAGAAUCCCUGUGAUUCCUAAGGGUGGGUCAUCAAGAAAGGCAAAAGAAGCUGCUGCAGCUGCAGCCCAAGCAGCAGCAGCAGCUGCUACUGCUGCUUCCUCAGCUACUGUUCAAGCUCGUAUCUUGUUGGAUGAUGGAACAUCAAACAUAUUAAUGAGGUCUAUUGGUGGCUUCAGUGAACCGGUUAUUGGAUUGCAUGGGGGAGCACUACUUGGUGUGGCUUAUCGAACAUCUCGGAGGAUUAGUCCUACUACUGCCACAGCCAUUUCAACAAUUCAGUCUAUGCCCCUGUCAGGCUUUGGAAGUAGUGGCCUUUCUUCUUUUACAGCUUUUGAUGAUGGAGUUUCUUCUCAGAGAUCUCCUGCUGAGGCAGCACCUCAGAACUUUCAGCUUUACAGUUGGGAAACUUUUCAGCCUGUGGGUGGCCUACUUCCUCAGCCAGAAUGGACUGCAUGGGACCAAACUGUUGAGUAUUGUGCCUUUGCUUAUCAGCAAUAUAUAGUUAUAUCUUCUUUGCGUCCCCAAUAUAGAUACCUUGGAGACGUUGCAAUACCGUAUGCUACUGGAGCUGUUUGGCAUCGGCGACAGUUGUUUGUGGCUACACCAACUACCAUCGAAUGUGUUUUUGUGGAUGCUGGAGUUGCACCAAUUGAUGUGGAAACACGAAAGAUGAAAGAAGAGAUGAAAAUGAAAGAGGCACAGGCAAGAGCAAUUGCUGAGCAUGGAGAGUUGGCUCUAAUCAAUGUGGAAGGUUCCCAUAACACUGCAAACGAAAGAAUAACAUUGAGACCCCCAAUGCUACAGGUGGUCAGGUUAGCUUCUUUCCAGCAGGCGCUUUCUGUGCCACCUUUCUUAACAUUGCCAAAACAAAAUAAAGCUGAUGCUGAUGAUUCAAUGAUGCCAAAUAUAGAAGAAAGAAAGGUUAAUGAAGUGGCUGUUGGUGGUGGAGGCGUGGCAGUAGCAGUCACUCGUUUUCCAUCAGAGCAGAAGCGACCUAUCGGACCCCUAAUUGUGGUGGGUGUCAGAGAUGGAGUUCUUUGGCUUAUUGACCGGUACAUGUGUGCACAUGCCAUAUCCCUAAGCCAUCCUGGAAUUCGUUGCCGGUGUCUUGCUGCCUAUGGAGAUGCAGUUAGUGCAGUGAAAUGGGCAAGUAGACUUGGCAGAGAACAUCAUGAUGAUUUAGCACAAUUCAUGAUGGGAAUGGGCUAUGCUACUGAAGCACUUCAUUUGCCUGGAAUAUCUAAAAGGUUGGAGUUUGAUCUUGCCAUGCAGAGCAAUGAUUUGAAAAGAGCUCUUCAGUGCCUUCUUACGAUGAGCAACAGCAGGGACAUAGGACAAGACCAAGCCGAUUUGAAUGAUAUUCUCAAUUUAACAGCUAAGAAGGAAAAUAUUGUGGAAGCUGUUCAAGGAAUAGAGAAAUUUGCUAAGGAGUUUCUGGACCUCAUUGAUGCUGCAGAUGCUACUGCACAAGCUAACAUUGCUCGCGAAGCUCUGAAGAGAUUAGCUGCUGCAGGUUCAGUGAAAGGAGCAUUACAGAGUCACGAGUUAAGAGGACUUGCAUUACGACUUGCUAAUCAUGGAGAGUUGACAAGAUUGAGUAAUUUGGUGAACAAUUUGAUCUCAGUCGGCUUUGGGCGUGAAGCAGCAUUUUCAGCUGCAGUUUUGGGAGACAAUGCCCUCAUGGAGAAGGCAUGGCAGGAUACUGGGAUGCUUGCUGAGGCUGUGCUUCAUGCUCAUGCUCAUGGGCGACCAACUUUGAAGAACUUGGUUGAGGCUUGGAACAAAAUGUUGCAGAAGGAAGUCGAACACACUCCAGCAACAAAAACUGAUGCUGCGGCUGCGUUUCUGGCAUCUCUUGAGGAAACCAAGCUUACAAGUUUGGCAGAUGCAGGGAAGAAACCAGCAAUUGAAAUUCUUCCUCCAGGGAUGCCUUCCCUUUCUGCUGCAAUUGCAAUCCAGAAAAAGCCUGUUCCUGCUACACAGAGUUCCCAGCAGCAACCAGGCAAACCAUUGGCAUUAGAAGCACCUCCCAAAACUACACCAGCAGUGAAUGGUCCACCCCAACCAGAAGCUAAUGGAACCACAGCAGAUGAUAAAGCCCCUAUCCCAUCCUCAGGGAGUAAUACUAAUCUGGAAGCUGCAGGAGAAAAUGCUCCAGCAACAUCUACAACUGAUGCAGCGGCUCCUGAGGUAUCAUCCCAGGCACCAGAUUCCCUGGAAAAGUCACCAGUACCAGAUUCCCAGGAAAAACCACCAGAGCCAGAUUCUCAGGAAAAAUCACAGGUACCAGUUUCUGAGGAAAAACCACAGGUACCAGUUUCCGAGGAAAAACCACAGGUACCAGUUUCCGAGGAAAAACCACAGGUACCAGAAGUGCAGGCAAAAAAUGUUCCAGCUACAAUGCCAAUGAUUGACCCCCACUUAUUUGACUAGCAAGUUGAAGCAAACUGUUGAAAUUAGCACAUAGUAAAAACUCUUCUAUUGAUUCUUUCAAUUUAUUGGGAUCUGGAGUCCAUAUAGAGGGAGUUGUGUAACAUUGAGUGGAAACAGAAGCGGAAUUUGUACCAAUUUCUACCGAUGCCUAUAUUUUUGGUGGUCAAUUUCUCUUUUUUUUUUUUAGUGUGUAUAUUAUGCUAUAGGAAGAAAUUAUGUUUUAGUAAUGUUUUCAGUUUAUGUCUUUUCAA